AUGCAAGCCAACACUGAUCCACACAAACUGUCCUAUGCUCAUUCCGAACAAUUUGUCGAUCUCAGGAGACAUUCACAUAACACGGAAUUAGAUACUAUUACUGAGUAUGAUAUUGUUCAUUUCGGUGGGAGUGUAUUAUCUUCCGCAGCUUUCUUUGGUGACCCUGAGUCGAGCUUUGAUUUGGAUACGAGAGCUUCUUUGUAUUCCGUCGAGACAUUCACCAAGCUUCCUUUAGAAACUUUAGGCCGAAUCACUCCAAAUCCUUCUGAAUAUGGUGCUAUAACUCAUAGGUUAUCUCGGGAUAAUGUCGACCGUCAGUCGAGGAAAGGGUUCUCUAUCUGUUCACAGAAGCAACCCUACAUAAUUUCCGAUAACCAGCAUGUUGACAACUGUUCCAUUCCUAAACCUACACCAAAGUCUUUAUCUUUUGCAAGCAAAGACUCUAUUUGUCGUGGUUCAUUUGUUCAAGCAUCACAUGAAACCAAUGCUUCUACUGAGGAUAGAUCUCUAUAUACAAAGAGUAUUUCUAAGUCAGUUUCACUUGUUGAAUCGAACAUAUCACCGGAGAGUAUGUUAAAUUUGACACCGAUGAACAAUGUUUAUCCUAUGUUAGACAGAAAUAUCCUGUUAGCCGGUGAACACCAGUCUCAAAGUACUUCAGGCCUGGCAUUCUCCAGUCAAUUAUCACCUCCUCCUCCUGAAAGUACAAAAGUGAUCAACUCCCAUGGACAAGAUGAACAACACCAGCUAACUUGUCAUCAUCCAAACUGUAGAUAUUAUCAAUCUCCAAGAAUGAUGGAUAACUACUAUCCAAGUGGAUAUCAGCGAUAUCAAAACAGCAUUCCAGCAUAUCUACCUGAAAGAUACGAUGAUACCUCGGAUGAAGUGAAUGAUUUCUCUGAAUUUCAACAAAUCACUAUGGCACUGUUGAAUACACUCAUGGCGACAACUGAAAUGUUACGUACACAACUGAAAGUAAGGCAAGCAGCUCUAGCAUCACGAAAAUGUUGCAGUAAUAGACAAGUAGCUAAAGACAGAGACAGAUUUGCACAGACUCAAGGAUGGAAUGAAAAUGCCAUGUGUAAUAUUCUAAAAAUUCGACAUUCUUGUAGUGAAGAAGAUUCUAAUGAAGAUAACUUGACUUUAUCGAUUUAUAGAGCAGAGGACAAAGGCAUCAGAUAUCGACAAAGGGGACAGUUAACACCUCUGUCUAUUCAGUAUCAUCAAAACAUAUCCGAGAAGAAGAAGAAGAAAAAGGAGAAGAGGCCUGCUACCAGUACUACUAACACUCCUUACCCCAUAUCAAGUAGGAGGAUUAAGGAAGAUUCUCUGAACUGUAGUAGAUUCAUUACACCAAUAUUAAAAAAUUCUUCAACAAAAUAUAUUCAAACAUUAUCUUCAGAUAUAUUGAAAACCAAUGCACAGAGAAUAAAUCAUGAUUUACAUCGAAAUGGAAAUGACUUAAAUUUGCGAAACAAUUUCACAUCGCAUUUGUUUAAAUCGACCAAUAGAGAUUUAAAUUCGAAGGCGCCAAAAAUGAACAUUCAUAGUCAUCAUCAUCAUGAUCAUCCACAUCUGCAGCAUAAUUUAAACAAAAGGAGUGUAUCAUUUGAAAGGUAUACUGAUGACAACUUAUUUAAGAAUAUUGAAAAUAAAACAAAAGAAGAAGAAGAACUAGGAGGAAGAGGAGGUCACGUAACUAAAACAAAAUUAUUGUGUACUAAUUGUCAUCAAUUGUUAAAUUUCUAUUGUAAGCCUGAAAGCAAAUGUCUGUGUUGUCAGAAGAGCAUAGAUAUCUCAUUGUUGACGUCAUCAUCCUUGUCGACAUCAUCGUCUACACUUGAUUCACAGUUUGUUUUAAUUAAUCGUAAAGAAGAGAGAUAUCAGGUUGCUUCGUCACCGUCACCAUCACCACCAACAGUAACAACAACAGCAACAACAACAACAAUGUCGUUUACAUCGACAACUUCAAUGAAAACUAUUUUUCACUCAAUACCCUGA